UGUACUACACCCAUCCCAAUACAGACAUCCCAUCUACUCUACUGAGCACAGCACAGCACAGCACAGUACAUACAUCCAGGACAACAAAGCACCACCUAACUAACCUGCCAGUUCCAGCCACCCCUACCUACCUAUACCGUCACCUCCAGUCCAGUCCACAGGCAGAGCAGCUGACUACAAGAAGACAGAUCCACACCUCACCUCACCUCGCUCCCCCCUGGACAUGAAACCUCUGGCCCUCUCUUGCCUGUUGUGUUUAGCACUGUGUAGUGUGCUGGGUUCAGCCAGCUACAGCACCCAUGACUCUCUGCUGGGCGCCUCCGGUGACCUUCAAAUAUCCAGUGAAUAUGACGACCUUGAGAAGGAGAGGAUGGAGGACAUGGACAUGACCUUGCCAAAAGUUCAUCUAGGGUUAGAGGACAUGGGAGAGUCCGGCCUGGGAAGUGGACGAGGGCGCAACAGGAGGAAAGGCAAGGACAGAAAGAAGAACAAGAAAGCCUUCACGCCCAGCCAGAGGCACCACAGUACGCACACGCACACCAGCUCCGGCUCCAGCUCCAGCUCCUACACCACCGUGGAGGACCUGUGCUUCACCACACACAGAGACUUCUGCGUCCACGGCCAGUGCAAGUUCAUGGAGGACCUCAGGGAGCCUUUGUGCAUCUGUCAGGUGGGCUUCGAGGGGAAGCGCUGUGCCGUGCAGCUGAUGAAGACGGGGCACAGGGAGGAAGAGGAGGAGGAGGAUGAUGAGACCCACGCACACACCGCACUCCUGGUCAUCGCAGUCAUGCUCUCCAUCAUUAGCUGCUCCGCACUGCUGCUCACCAUCUGCGUACACUAUAAGACUCAGCGCCGAUUUCAAGCUGCUUUCUUCAACACCGAUGAAAAGGAGACCCCCCUGAAAAACAAUAUGAUAUAGGACCGGUGCAGGCCCAAGGAGUGACUCCUUCUAUGGAGCCCAGCAGACAUACCCCACCACUUUAUUCACCGACCAUCCACCGUCAAGACCUGCCUUGUCCCCAUUGGUGCACAACUGAAUGUUAUUAUUAUCAUCAUUAUUAUUAUUUUUGUACUGCUUCACUUUGUUUCAAUCCUUUAAAAAAAAGUUCAUAUUCUCUUUAAAUGUGCUGUACACUACGGGCUAGAGGUAAACUCAGAUGGGAUAUCACAGUAUGUGCUCCAUAGUGACAUUAUAGAUCGAUAUUCAUAAUACACCAAAGAAAGAAGUGUCCAUGAACUGCAUGCAUAUAGUGACUAUUGAGAUAUGAGCCAUAUUGUGUAUUAAAAUCUGUUUGUAUUGUUAUUAUAUUUCUCUAGGUAAAAAGCACCUCUUCUCCAAAUUGUAUUUUAUUUUUGAAAUUGAAAUUCCAUUUACACCUGGCAGUAUUAUGUGUCUUUAGUGUAUCUGAAUGUUGUCACAUCGCUUUCCAUUGUUGUUGGUUCAUUUGGUCAUGGGUGUGUUAAGUGUAAUUUUCACGUUUUCUAAUGUUUAAUGCAUAUUUAAUUGGAUUUAAAUCGUUUCCAAAGUCAGGGUUAUCACACUGUGUAAAUGCUAAUCUACAGUGUGGCUGUGCUUAUAUAAACCCUCUGAAGUGUUAAAAACAACUCUGUAUGUGGAUACAUGGCAAUUGUACUCGUGCUUCUGCAUAACGUGAUCAUGGAUGUCAAGUCUUAGUAUGCGAUGUAUUAGCCUGAUUAUCAUCGACUUUCAUAACUUUCGAGACUUGGUCUAACUAAGAGCAUAACAAUGAACAUUUCCCAAACGGCAUGGUUGACCCGCCUCCCUUGGUUUGCUACUGGUUGUUUGCUUCCUGACAAAGUGGGAGGAGUUCCUGAUUUUUUGUGAGCUCAGAAACGAUAUUUGUAUUGCUCUUGGCCUGACUAGAAGCAACGCUGAAGGUGUUGUGUGACUAGGAGGGCACGGCCUGGCUAGCAAUGUGUAUAUGCCCUUGCCUAUUAUACACAUACAUGCAUACCUAGGUCUGGCCACAGUCAAGUAGACUGGAGUACGAUGUAAUGCCAGGUGUAAAUCUAGAGUUUGUGAGUGAGUUCCAAUAUGCAACCUUGCGUCCUCCACUUGUGCUUGUGGCCUCUACCAGGAAGUAAUGUCAUGAUGACAUCACUGACAACAGCAUUAUAUUUCAAUAUCUUGCAAGAGCUUUAUUGUAAAGUAAUUUUCUCAUUUGCAAACUGGAUUGUGAAUGUAGAAUAGUCCCCCCAAAAAUGUUUUGGCUAGGCUGACGGUGGGGAAACUUUAUUGCUUUCUUUACGGAGGAGGGGCCAGGAGGCGGGGCGAGGUCACAAGCACAAGUGGAGGACGCAAGGUCGCAUAUUGGAAUGCACCCUAUGUGUUUACUUAUUUAUUGACCUUGGCACUUCAGUAUAGUUGACCUAAUAAUGCCUUAUUUAUUACAAUAUUUCAUGUCUAAAGUUAAUGUCAUCAUUUAAGACCUUUAAAAGUUUAACAGUGAAAGAAUA